AGCCGAACGAAGGAGCGCCGGAAGCGCAAAAAGGUGCUUCAUGAUGUCGUGAGGUUGUUUUUCAUGCUGGACGGAGCCGUCGUCGGUGGAAGUUUUCUAUCUAAAAUAAAUUGCUCCGAGAUGUGCCGCAGCAAUAAAGAGGAUCGUGGUUGCAACGUGACAAGAACACGAACGAAGCCGAUUGCGUCAGCACGCUGCCGAAGCUUUAAUUUCAGCAACAUGAACACCACGCAGACCUCGAUGCAUGGCACUUAUCAUUCGAGUCCAGCGUCUAAUCAAACGCCUUCACUGAAUCACAAGGACCACUCACAUGAAGACCCAAGAGGACUCUGAGUUGACGUGAUGUCCGCACUGGAAAGCACAGCAACAUCAUCGCUGCGAACAUUCCGCCGCAUCCUCCAAACGCCACCAGACAUUCGCACUCGGUGCUUCUCCGUCCUCAACCGUCCACAACCCAACUACCCAGGCCAUGUCCCUCUCAACCUCAUAGAGCGCGGUGCUCUGGCGAUAGGAUCGGCCUUCGGAUCCCUCAAGAAUCCCUACCGACAUGACCUCAUCGCCGCGCUGGGCGAGGCCACCGCAAAGCCAUACUUCGUCUCGCGCCUACGCCGCGCCAUGCUUGCGAACCCCACCGGACGACGGAUCCUAAAGGACAAACCACGGAUCACGAGUAAAAGUAUGGACCUGGAGAAGCUCAGGUUGUUACCGGAAAACACCGUCGGUCGGGCAUACGCGGCAUGGCUGGACCGCGAGGGAGUAACGCCCGAUACCCGGGAUAACGUGCGCUACAUCGACGAUCCGGAGGAAGCCUACGUGAUGCAACGAUAUCGCGAAACGCAUGACUUCACGCAUGCGAUCACAGGGCUACCGGUCAUCAUCGAGGGCGAGCUGGCCAUCAAAGCAUUCGAGUUCGCGAAUACUUUAUUGCCUAUGACCGCGCUAUCCCUGGUGGCGGUUGUCCGGCUCAAGGCGAUUGAGCGCGAACGCUUCUUCUCUACAUAUCUCCCCUGGGCGAUCCGGAAUGGCGUGCAGGCGGAGGAGGUGUUGAAUGUGUACUGGGAGGAGGAACUUGAGACGGAUGUGGAUGUUUUACGGAGUAGACUUGGGAUUGAGAAGCCCCCAGAUCUUCGAGAGAUUCGGAAGAAACUGCGAGAGCAGAAGAGGGCGGACAAGGCUUCACGCGAAACUGUUACGAAUGCGGCAGACGGUGUCGUGUGAGGUCGAGCCUUCCCUUUUCUCGGAACACAACUCACCGUAGUACAGCGUCCUACGGCAAUAAACGUAAACAUGCAAAGAGGCACACGCAAAUGCUUCUCCGCUAUGUUCGCCUGCAACACGCAGCUCCAGCAAGGUACAUCCAAAGUUCCAUUGAUCUUAAAGGGAUGAACCUGUCCAUUUCUGAUGCCGAGGGUUUCUGCGAGCACCAUAGGCGCCAGCACGUCCUCAGGCUUUGAUUGUGUAGACCUGGACGAGCUGACCAGGCGGCAAUCGGACGUAGUGGUGAUAUUUGCGCUCGAAAGAACAUGCGCUCUGAACUCAUCGAAGAUCUCAGCAGCCUUGAACAGCAAUUUGUUGUGCCUUGAUCCAAACUGUACUUUUAAGAAACUUUGUAAACUUCUUUGCUAUAGCUUUAGAAGCGAUCGUCUAUUCGAACAAGCAAAAUAAACAAAUGCUAUCCCACCCCUCACAA